ACCCUGCAGCGUUGCAGCGCGUAUACAUAGGUAAUCCAACCGGCAAUCUCAGCCCUGCCCAGCGCUCGAAGUGGAAAUGUUCCAUUCAAUCUCCGAUCGUCCGGGCACCCCGCAGCUUUCGUUUCCCACUCCUGGCGUGCAACUCCGGCAACUCCGUCUAGCACCAAUACAUAUUUCGGCGGCUCCAAAAUUCCCCACUGGGAGAACCCGGAGCCAUGUUCGUCACUUUCGGCACGGCGACCCCCGCGCAUCGCGAUUCGGUCGGUCCUGAGGCGCAGGGCCGUGACCGGCCGAAGGCGAAGAGGGCCCAGGUGGCCCAAGCAUGCGACUGGUGCCGCGUGCAUAGGGUCAAGUGUGACAGCACGAGGCCGUGUCAUAACUGCUUACUCCGGGGUGGGGAGUGCUCCAACUCGCGGGGCCGCGAGGUGCGCACGCUCCCGCACGCUUUCCGGGAGAUUCAACGGUUGACUUCGCGGGUGCGCGAACUGGAGUUGGAAUUAGCCCGGCACAAUGCCGCGGGCUCAGACAGAGGCAACAGCGGGGACUCGGCGUCUCCUGUGGCGGCGUCUGCGUCCACUCCGCCGCCGGUAACGACACAACCGCCUAUGCCCCCCGUGCCAACGGGUCAAGAGGGUGACCCACACGGCCCAUCUGCCGAUAAGCCACCGAGGAAGUUGAAGUUGUGGGAGGGCAUCUAUGCGAGUACCACGCAGUCGUCGCCCAAACAGUGGUACGGGCCGUCGUCGCUGUUCUACUUCCUGGGGCGCAUGGAAGCAUACAUGACCCGGGCGCUGCAGCAGCCGAGCACGGAACGGACCACCUGGUUCAGCUCGGCCGCCAGCAAGUCUCUUCCCACGUCCCCUGGCGAGCACGGCCGUGAGGAAGCUACCGCCAGGCAGGCAGACGCGGCGAAUGGCGCCCGCGAAGACGACGAGCGGCAGGGCCCCGGGCGGAAGUCGAGCGCCGCACCCGGCGAGUACCUGAACGCGUCGCAGGAGGAGUACUUCCUGGGCCUGUUUUGGCAGUCGCAUCACUGCUCACUGCAAAUCGUCGACGAAGCCGCGUUCCGCGAGCACUACCGGUCGCUCUGCUUGGAUCCUCCGCCGGGCUGCUUCCGCCGGCCCAGUGCACUCGUCGACAUCAUGGUGGCCCUCUGCAUGCAGUACGGCAGCGGCGACCUGGGUCCCAACGAUGGCACCCUUCCCGGCUGGCGGCACUACCAGCGCCACCGGGCCCUGUUGGAGUUCGAGAUCGAGCGGCCGACGCUGUCGACGGUCCAGAGCCUCGUGUUGUGCGUCGUCUACCUCUGCUGCGGUAGCUUCCAGAACACGGCACACCACAUGCUCGCCCUGGCUGUGCGCGUCGCGCACACGCUCGGACUUCACCUUGAGCCGCCCGAGACCAUGCCGCGGCCGGAGAGGGAGCUGCGGAAGCGGGUUUGGUGGGGGCUUUACAUCGUCGAGAUAAAGACGUCCAUGAAACUCGGCCGGCCUUGGACCACGGACGCAGCACAGGUGCUGUGCAGCUUGCCCGCCGACGACCACGAGCUGGCCCUCCGCAGCGGCUCCAACACGGCGUCCAUCACCACCGACGGCUGCACGGUGACCUGGCUAACGUAUACGCGGCAGAACGCCAAGAUGGUGCGCGCAGCGCAGGUUGUCUAUGCUGGUUUCUACGACCGGUGUGCUGAAAUUCUCGGCACGGCCGCCGGCUCCUCGUCCUCGUUGUAUGACGAUCCCGUCGCCCUCGACACCGCCGCCGAAGUGCUAGAGCGCUACAUGGGUGAGCCCCAGGGGUUGAGGGCCUGGGUGAGCGAGGUGCCGGCCGCGAUGAAGACUCAGCGUGUCGGCGACGGCGUCCCCCUGUCGGCCGAUCUAAGCCGCCUGGACAUCGAGAUGUUCGCGCCCGCCUGGCUCCAGCGCCAGCGCUUGUUCCUCGAGCUGCUCUACCACACCCUCAUGAUCAACCUCCAUCGCCCCUUCAUAGUCUUCCCCGCCGCAUCCGUGCCAUCGCCGCCGCCGAAGCCCGGUCCGCUCGUGAUGGCCCACGCAAUGACGGCUGUCCGCCACGCCAUCGCCCUCACAACGCUGCUCCGCCAGGUCAUCGUCGAGACGGACCUGCUCGACGGGUGGCACGAGGCCUUCCAGCAGCAGUGGAACGCCUCCAUCACCAUGGUCGGCUCCGUCCUGGCCUUCCCCGCCGAUCCGGUCGCGUCCGACGCCCGCGCCGCGGUGGGCGCCGCGAUCGAGGUGUUCGAGGCCUUCGGCAGGCAGUUCUCCGUCGGCACCAGCGCCGCCAACGCCACCCGCGAGCUGCUCUCCAAGGCCGAUUUGCUGCGCGGCGCGAGCACCGGCCUUGGCCUGGCACCACAGCUGGAGGCGGUUGGGAAGGGGACCCACCACCAACGGGGGGGUCCUGAGGGCGACGAGGCGAACACGGCCGCCCCGCCCGGCCGGACGGGGCUUGCAGCGACGGCCGUGGCGCCGUCGACUGGGCCGGAGGUCGGUUAUCAGCCGGCGGCGUUCCUGCCGGAGAUGACGGACGAGGAGGCGGCUGCGGUGCGGGAUAUGCUGGCCGACACGAUGGACAUGGUGUACUCGGCGGACUCUUUCCAGCCCAUGGGCGUGCCGUUCCCCGGUGGGCUCAACAUGGCGAUGGAUGCUUGGCCGCCGGGAUUUUACUAGCCCGUUCUGCGGGAGCCUGCUGAAGUCACGGUAGUUAUUGGGUGCUGCUCAAUGGCGAGCGACUUCACCGUCCCUUAUCUCCCAUGAAGCGUCAUUCCGCGAUUUGCCUCACUUUUCAACCCUGGUCUCCGGCCUACCGUAAAGCCCCUUUGAUUCUGCUGAGGCGAGUGCACCCGUGGCCCUGCGGCGUUUUCAUCUGCAGAUUGCCGGCCCCGUGGCCGGUCUUGCUUCUCAGUGCCUUGGCUGCGAAAAUCGAGAACUCCGGUAUGCGACCUUGUUGUCAGAUCCGGGCCAAGGCUCGGCCCAGCCCGGCGCCCCGAGCCGGAACACCGAGAUGAGGAUCUAUCAGGCCCGGGG